GUCACAGGACUGGAUUGCUCAGUCAUCCCCUUAAUAUCAGAGGGUGCAAGCACGAGCAAAUUAGGACUUGCAGGGGUGGCAGGAGCGUUGCAGCCUUAGCGCAAACCCGACUCGCUGCGAUCCGGCACAGGCGCCUGCAGACAUGGCGGUCCGUUCUUUGCUACUGCUGGCAUCUCUUGUGGCCGUUUGCUCAUCCCUGAUCAGGAUCCCAUUGAAGAAGUUCCCUUCCAUGCGCAGCAUCUAUACUGAAUAUGGGAACAAUAUCCAAGACCUGAUUGAGAUGGGGGAGAUGUUAAAGUACAAAUAUGGGGCUCCAGGUGUGGCUACUCCUACCCCAGAAGCAUUGAAGAACUACAUGGAUGCUCAGUAUUAUGGUGAGAUUGGAAUUGGGACACCACCACAGACAUUUACUGUAGUCUUUGACACUGGAUCAUCCAAUCUCUGGGUGCCCUCGGUGCACUGUCGCUUCCUGGACAUUGCUUGCUUGCUACAUCGCAAAUAUGAUUCUUCCAAAUCCAGCACAUACGUGAAAAAUGGAAGUGACUUUGCCAUCCAUUAUGGUACUGGAAGUCUUUCAGGAUAUCUCAGCCAAGAUACUGUAUCGGUUGGUGACCUACAAGUUAAGAACCAGAUAUUUGGUGAAGCUGUCAGCCAACCCGGCAUCACAUUCAUUGCUGCCAAGUUCGAUGGCAUCAUGGGCAUGGCAUAUCCCAAGAUCUCUGUGGAUAAAGUUACCCCUUUCUUUGACAGUGCAAUGCAACAGAAGCUGUUGGACAAGAACAUAUUUUCCUUUUAUCUCAACAGGGACCCAAAAUCAUCUCCAGGAGGAGAAUUACUUCUAGGAGGAACAGAUCCAAAGUAUUAUAGUGGAGAUUUCAGCUAUGUGAAUGUUACUCGCCAAGGUUACUGGCAGGUCCACAUGGAUAAGGUUAACAUUGGCAAUGGCCUGACAGUGUGCAGUUCUGGCUGUGAAGCUAUCGUAGACACUGGAACGUCUCUUAUUACUGGACCAACUGAUGAAAUUAAGCAGCUGCAGAAAGCCAUUGGCGCUAAGCCAAUAAUUAAAGGACAGUACAUGCUUCCUUGCGAUAAGCUGUCUUCCCUUCCCACUGUGAACCUUGUCCUAGGCGGCAACUCCUAUGCCCUAACUCCAGAUCAAUAUGCUUUAAAAGUUACUGUUCAAGGGGAAACUCUUUGCCUGAGUGGAUUUUCAGGCUUGGAUGUCCCACCACCUGGUGGCCCUCUUUGGAUCCUUGGAGAUGUAUUCAUUGGUCCAUAUUACACCGUAUUUGACAGAGAUAAUGACUCAGUUGGUUUUGCAAAGUGUAGCGGCAAAGUGUAAAAGCGACUGAACUCUGCCUCCCACAGUCUCUAUAGAAUGCACCCCCAGACACCCCAAUAAGUUCACUGGAGUUUUAUAUUGUGAUUUAUUGGUAUUAAGAACAAAAUCAGGAAAGUAAAGAAAAAAGAACACAGAUUUAAACAUUUAAAUGAGUAGAGAUUUUUAAAUUCUAUGGGAAAGGACUACUACUGACCAUUUAAUAAUCACUUGCCCCCUCGUGCAUAACAGGCUAUAGAGUAUUGUAGUGAAAUCACUGCAUCUGAGGAGCCCAAGCAUUGUUGGCUCCUCUUUCAGCAUCAAGCUACUGAAUGGCUCCCCUUUUAUCAAGGCUACAAAUCUCUCUGUUAUUUUGACUAAUAAAGUUUUCCAUUAUCUUCCUCUCCAUUUAUAAGAAUUUCUAAAUAUUUUUUCCUGAUUUUCCCUGUUACUUUGUUUAAAGAAACGAAAAUGUUCCUUGAAUAAAUUUCACAGAUUAUUUCAUGGAAGUAGUAGAUUACCAAUGCAUUUGCAUUUGUUUAAUACCCGAACUGGACUGUAUUGAAGAUAAGAAAAUGUUUUAGCCAUAUUUUUUUUUAAUCAUGAGGGAGAGGGAUAUAGCAAAAAGGUCCUGAUUUGCAAAUUUUACAAAGCAAGCUGUCCACCAUUGCAGGUAGGGGCGAUGGCAGGCUCCAGCCAAGAGAAUCCUCAGGGAGUAAUAAUAGUAGGGAGACCGCUUCCAUAGGAUGUGACUGGAUUCUCCAACUCAUAUUUUGUACUUUGACCUGGCAAAACCCAUUCAUGAGAUAAAGUCUCAAAGUGUAGUUGUAAAAAUCUUCCCCGUUAAAGUCGCCCCAAACCUUUGUACUUCCCAUUUUAUUUCAAAGACACAGGGAAGUUGCUUUGUGGUUUUUCUCACCUGGAAAUAUUUCAAGCAAUUAUAUUUGUGAAACCUUCUGGAUCAAAAUAGUUUUAGGGAAGCAUCAACAUUCCAGUAUGUUUCUCUUAAUAAGACCUCAUGUUUUUGUCUUUCCUGCCAAGUAUGCCCUCCCAGUUUCAUCGUGAAGAGGAAAAAUUCUAGAUGACACUCUAAAAUGUACUCUGCUCUGAGAAAUUUGGUCGAGGAACCCAAUCUUCUAUGGCUGCUGUACACAAGCAAACUCCUACUGCCCUAACAGGUUCUACAGCAUUUGUUUAAGGAACUGUCUCAGUAUUGGGCUAUGCUUUUGACUUGACAAGCAAAACACAAGAGGUAGCCAUUUGGGGCAGGGAGGGAGGAUAGGUGGGGUAUUAGUGGUAGGAAGCUAAAUUAUUUGGAAUUUGUUAAUAUUAACUUGAAGUAUAAGGAGAUUUUUAGUACUUGUGAGAUUUAUCUGAAAGGUUCCAUUAUUCUUUGGAUCCAGUUCCAAGUUUGUGAGGCAGCAUGGACAACAGAGAACAUAAAACCUGAGAGUAAAAUGAACAAAAGACUGCUUGUAAUGAAAAGCCAAGAGAACUACACUGAGUUUGUUCUCUUGAACUAGUUGAGAAGCUGGCAUAUGCUGAGCAAUACAACAGAAAAGCCUGUCAACUCAAGGAAACAGAAGACCUUUCAGGAACUUGAGCAAGCAUUUAUGGAUUUCUUCCAUAUUGGGUUGAAUACUUUGGAUACUGAUAGAAGCAGUAAGAUGCCCCCAAGGAGGCCAUAGAAAAGAUGUAGGAUGAAUUUUUUUUGGUAGUGUCAUUUGAGUUUGCUAAUGAGUCUCUGCUAUUCAAACCAGGUUGAAUUAUAAAUGUGUGUGUAUCAUAUGGAAAUGGGUAAUAAGUGUUGUGUGUUCUGAAUUGCCUGGGCAUAAUCAAUGGACUUCUCAAAGUUCUCUGCUUGGUGCCUACUUUAUAGUGGUCUUCAACCCUGAAUUAGUAGCUCAAAGUUUUCUCAAGAUGCAUCUCACUGCAAAAUAUCAAAUGCAAAUAUUCAAAUUGAUCAAGGCUCCUUAAAAGAGUAGCUGUGUAGAAAAUGUCUAAAAUUACUAUUUUGUUCAGGGGUCCAUUCAUAAGGCAGAAGGGUUCAUCCUGGGAUUGAUUGUUUAGCAGACAGAUUUAUCUUCUUGAUGCCAUCAAAUAUAUUGAGAGAACUAUCUCUGGUUCAUAGAUAUUGAAGUGAUUGGCUGGUAAUAAUAUAUGUUGUAGCCUGUUGCUUGCAACUGUUAAGACCAGUAUAGCCUCUCUAUAAGGUUUCUUUUAAGUAGGGAGAUUAGUUUGUGUGGAAUAAUGUGAAUGAAGCCACUGGACCUGUAGUUUGCCACCUUCUAUUUGUUGUUCUUCUGCUGUUUCUAAACAUGUGAAAUGCCAUUGUGACUCUCAACAAAACAUGCUGUCCGGGCUAUACUCUCAAUUUGUCAGAAAAAAAACUUAAAUAAAGUUUUUUCUGCUCCA